GCGCAGAGGCGGGGCUUCGCUGACAGCUUCCUCGGGAGCCCUUAAAGAAGUCUAAAGGAAGCUGACAGAAAGCUUCAGAAUUGCCAAGACAUGCGGAAUGACCAUGUUUCUUCUAGAAGAAUUGAAGGUUUGUACCUGUAGCUACACUGAAGAGCUAUGAAGUGGCUUUCUGUGGUGCUGAUGAGAAAAAUACAAUGUCAUAUCUCGGUAUGUUCAGUGCUGGUUCCAAAGAAACACAAUCCAGCUCCACGUUGCUUUGAUUAUGGCCAUCGACUGCUGUCAGAUCACAGGCAUAAGAACAUCAAAGAAUCUUACAGGAUUCUUAAAGUUCAGGAAGGUUGUUCACUGGAUGAUGUUAGAAAUGUAUACCGAGAUCUUGCCAAGCAGUAUCACCCCGACAGCGGAUCGGCUACAGCAGAUGCUGCAAUUUUUGUGCAAAUUCAAGAAGCAUAUACAACUGUGCUUAAUGAUAUAGCUGAGAAAAUGAAAUCAAGAGAAAAGGCAGAGGAGGAUGAGGAAGAUAGAUUCAAAUCUAAAGCACCACAACACAGACACUAUUUAAGUUUUGAAGGUAUUGGUUAUGGUACUCCAAGUCAAAGACAAAAACAGUACAUGCAGUUUAGAGUUGAUCGGGCUUCUGAACAGGUCAUGGAAUACCGGAAGCAGAUUAUGGAGAGUGGACUUGCUAUGAGUGAAGCUAUGUUAGCAAAAGAUGUACGGCAAAGUAAGAAAGCAAAGAUCACCCAAGCAAUGGAACGAUUGGUUGAAGACCUCAUUCAGGAAUCCAUGGCAAAAGGAGAUUUUGAUAACCUUAGUGGUAAAGGAAAGCCUUUGAGAAAAUUUUCAGAUUGUCCACAUAUUGAUCCUAUGACUCACAACCUGAACCGGAUCCUGAUAGACAAUGGAUACCAACCAGAAUGGAUUCUCAUGCAGAAAGAAAUACGGGAAACCAUUGAAAAGCUAAGAAAGGAUAUGGUUAUUUCUAGGAAGAAACUGGGAGAUCCAAUGACACCGCAGAAAGCAAAACAAUGGCAGGAGAUUUGUGAACAUUUUAUAGAAGAUGUCAAGGCAUUAAACAAACGAAUUAAUGAUUUCAACUUAGUUGUUCCCCUUCUCAGCAGACAAAUGGUACAUUUUAAUGCAGGCAAAGAAAUUGCAAAGAUACAGGAGCUCCACAAAAUCCAAGUGGAAAAAAAGACUGGAAAUGACACAGAGAAAACAGAAAACAAAAGUGGUAGAGCAUCUGAUAUUAAAACCAGUUUUUUAAACUGGAUUACUCUUAUUCUGAAGUAGAAUUAAGCAGAUAAUAAUUUGAUUUUUCUGUGAAAGACAGAUCCUUCCAAAAGACUUUAAGUUUUUUCUUCUUCUAUUUUACUGUUGGAACAAUUUCUAGUUCAAACACAUAGUAAGUGAUCUUUGCUGUGGAAGGAUAGGAUUAAAUAAAAACACUUCUACCAGCA